AUGUAUGAUGGAGUGAAGACUAGGAUAAACACAGUGGGAGGAGACUUGCAGCACUUCCUAGUUGUGAUGGGGUUGCACCAGGGAUCAACUCUUACUCUAUUUUUGUUUGCCUUGGUGAUGGAUGUAUUGAUGCGGAAAAUUCAAGGUGAAAUGAUGGAAACCGAUGAUGGCAUGGUGGAGGAAACUUGGUAUGCAGCCACUAUCCAACCACCGCCGGUUCAAGGGAAUGCGAUUUUCCAUGUCAAUAACACUAUGUUGCACCUGCUCAACAAAAAGAGCUUAUUCGGAGGUCUACCCACUGAUGACCCGAAUGGGACCUUAAGAACUGUCUUGGGGUGUGUACCACCAACGUGUAUCCGAACGUCUCAAGCGAGACAGAUAAUUUGA